AUGGCCCAAAGGAAAGAACUCAAAGAGCUGACAUUGAAGGAAAAGGUUGAUCUUCUACAUUUUCUGGAAAGCAGCAGCCAAACAAAGACGGCGGAACAUUUUGGUGUUAGCAAAACCACAGUUAGCAAUAUCCAAAAACAUAAACAUGAGUACUUGAAGAGAUAUGGUAAGGAAAGAGGAGACCUACAGUGGAAAAGAAGGAAAACUUUCCUUGAUGAAGUCAAUAAAGCUACAUUAAGUUGGUUCAAACAACUGAGGACAGUUAAUGCCCGAAUCUCCAGGCCAAUGAUCCAAGAAGUUGCUAAAAAAUUCACACAGGAAUUUGGGGUGGCAGAUUUCCAAGCAUCAAGUGGUUGGCUCAAGAAAUUUAAACUGUGUCACAAGAUCUCCCAGAAAGUGUUGUGUGGUGAAUCCAAUGAAGUUCCACUAGAAGUUGUGGAAGAGUUCAUCAAUAAGUUCCCUGACUUGGCCAGAGGCUUCAAAGAUGAUGAAAUCUUUGACGCUGACGAGUGCGGACUCUUUUUCAAGGCGAUGCCUGACAGGAGCCUCAUCACGAAGGGUGACAAAUGUAAGAGAGGAAAACUUUCUAAAGAACGUUUCACAGUUCUGCUUUGUGCUAGCUCAACCAGAGAGAAACUAAAGGCCUUGGUAAAUGGUAAAUCGGCAAAGCCACGUGCACUCAAGAACCUGAAGCCCGAAGACCUCCCUGUCACUUGGAGAUCAAACAAAUGUGCAUGGAUGACUGGUGCCCUAUUUAAGGAGUGGAUAAGGGGUAUCGAAGAAAUGAAGAAGAAGAAACUAUCUAUUCUACUGACAGUAGACAACUGUCCUGGCCACCAGCAAGUGAAUCAUCUCACAAACGUGACACUGAAAUUUCUGCCUCCAAACACAACCUCAAAAACCCAACCUCUUGACCAAGGCAUCGUCAAAACAUUUAAAAUACACUACCAAGCCCAGCUCCUGCAGUGUGUUAUUACUAAAACAUAA